AUGAGCAAUUUCAUUAAAAAUUAUCCGGUGAAACAAUCUAAGAGUAUCGAGGAUCAUAAUUUAAAGAAAAAUGAACAUACAAUCUAUAAAGAUGCAAAUUUUUCGAUAAAUUCCAGAUAUCAGAUCCAAAACAUACUUGGGAAGGGAUCGUAUGGAACAGUAUGUUCGGCUAUUGAUACCAGAUCAUCUAACGGGGACGAAACGUUGCAAUUAGCAAUAAAGAAGGUGUCUAGUAUAUUUAAGAGGGAAGUGUUGAUGAAACGGGCUGUGAGGGAAUUGAAACUCAUGAGGCACUUUAAGGGCCAUAGAAAUGUAACUAUAUACCAAUUUGCGAUACUUACAGAGCUAAUACUAACACAGAGAUAG